AUGGCCUUUAAGCUUCUCGUCGUCAUUGGCGCAACAGGCAACCAAGGAGGCUCAGUAGUCGAGACAUUCCUCAAAGAGCCCGGAUGGACGAUCCGAGGACUUACUCGCAAUGUCAACAGCGAUGCAGCCCAGACACUCAAGGAGCGUGGUGUGGAAAUGGUAACCGCUAAUCUCGACGACAUUUCUUCUUUACGUGCAGCUUUUCAAGGUGCACACACCAUAUUCAGUGUGCUAGAUUUCUGGACUGGAUAUCGCAACCCGGCCAAUCGCUCGAUGCUUGCACCGGGACAGACGAUGAUGGAAUGGGCCCAUGACUACGAGAUGCAGCAGGGCAAAAAUGUGUUUGCCGCGGCAGCUCAGGUAGAUGGGCUGGAAAGGCUUAUUUUUUCAGCUCUUCCGUACGCUACCAAAUGGUCCGGAGGAAAGUAUACGCAUGUCUAUCACUUUGAUAGCGAAGCGAGGGCAGUCGAGUAUGCUCGUGCCCAGUAUCCAGAUCUGGUGAAGAAAACCAGUCUCAUCCAGAUAGGCAUGUAUUUGUCAAACAUGUUGUUAAUGCCUCAUUACCAGCCGAAGAAGAAUGAAGACGGGGUUUAUAUAUUCAGUACAAAAAUAGCUAGGGAUCGCAAACUCCCCUUGAUAGCACCAAGAGAAGACACUGGGCCCCUUACAAAGGCACUCGUCAGUGUUGACCCUGGUCAGCAUCUUCUCGCGUAUCGCGAAUGGUUAACGCUUACCGAAUUUUCCGAGGUCUGGGGGAGAGUCUUGGGUGUCAAGUCGAAAUACUUGUCCUUUGCAGCCGAUAAAAAGUGGGAAGGGUUGCCCGACGAUCUGCAAUUGGACAUUGAGGAAGGUGCAGCUUAUCUGAACGAAUUCGGGUUUGACGGGGGUGAUCCAACAAUUGUUCAUCCGAAGAAUCUUGAGGUGCCAAUACACUUGGAUAGUGUUGAGGACUGGAUCAGAAAGCAGGAUUGGUCUAAGGUCCUAUAG